UGUACACUGACUUCACGUGAAUGCGGUCCGGUGACUUUAGCAGGAAGGGUGAGGCAGAUGGAUUCUGUAUAAAAACCCAGUAAACUGUGCAUCUGAAUCAAACAUCAAACCGCAACGCAGCUGCAUCAUGGACGAGUUCAAGGUUCGAAGCGUCGACCUGCAACAGAAGCAAAACCAGACGCGUCACAAGACCGAGGCUCUGAGCUCCAGCACUCUGGUCCUGAGGAGAGGACAGGUCUUCACGGUGACCAUCAGCUAUGAGGGACGACCGCUCGAUCCACUGAAGGACAAACUGAUCUUCCGUAUUGCUCUAGGUCCGAUCGCUGUGGACGUCCCGGUCUCUGUGUCCGGACAGCCGUCUCUGACUCAGUGGACCGCGGUCCUGGAGAGGAGCGUCCUGAACCCAGCUGGACCCCGCGCUCUUUCGGUCUCACUGUCCAGUCCUGCGUCUGCUGCCGUCGGCGUCUACACGCUGCAGAUGAGAGUCGAGUCUCGCUUGAAUGUGAAAACGCACUCGCUCGGCCAGUUCACGCUCCUCUGCAACCCCUGGUGCCAAGCUGAUUCUGUGUUUCUGCAGUCGGAGGAUCUGAGGACUGAAUAUGUCAAGAGUGAUAUUGGUCUGCUGUUUAAAGGCAGUCCUGGUAACAUGGUCUCCAGACCCUGGUCGUUUGAUCAGUAUGAAAAAGGGAUACUGGACAUCUGCAUGAAAUUGCUGCAGCUGAGUCCUCAAUAUCAAGCAGAUAUGAGAAAAGAUCUGCAGAACCGCAGCGAUCCGGUUUAUAUCGGCCGUGUGAUCUCAGCGAUGGUGAACUCUAACGAUGAUAAAGGGGUGCUGAUGGGAAACUGGUCAGGUGACUACAGCGGUGGGGUCAAUCCUUCAAAGUGGUCCGGCAGCGCAGAUAUUCUCAGGAAGUGGGCAGAAAUACAAUUCGAGCCUGUGAAAUACGGACAGUGCUGGGUGUUUGCUGCUGUCAUGUGUACAGUGAUGAGAGUCCUCGGCGUACCGACUCGAGUCGUCACCAACUUCAACUCGGCUCACGACACAAACUCAAACCUGGUGAUUGAGGAGUAUUACACUGAGAUGGGGGAAAAACUGUCCAUCGGCAGAGACAGCAUCUGGAACUUUCAUGUGUGGGUGGAGAGUUGGAUGAAGAGGCCUGAUCUGGGUCGAGGUUAUGACGGAUGGCAGGUUCUCGACCCCACGCCACAAGAGAGGAGCGGAGGAAUGUUCCGCUGUGGUCCUGCUGCGGUUAAAGCCAUUUAUGAAGAGGUGGAUGCGCAGUACGAUGUGCCGUUCGUUUACGCCGAAGUGAACGCGGAUGUGCACAGGAUGAUCGUCAGAGAUAGAAAGAUCCUCUCAACCAGGGUCGAUAAACGCAGCGUUGGAGCUCUGAUCUCCACCAAACGUCCAGGAUCCAUGAGCAUGCUGGACAUCACGUCUGAAUACAAAACUGAGCAGGAUGAAUUCAUAUCUCGUGCACCAAGCGCUCCUGGUGCAGCAAGAUACAGUCUUGAUUCUCGAGCUGGAGCUGCUGCGGAAAGAGAGGCCUCUAAGGGCCUCGCAGUCUCUCUCCAGCUUCUGAGAGCCCCUGUAGUCGGAGAAAACAUUUCGUUCAACAUCGUAAUCACUAACAACGGAGCCGCUCCGAAACAGCUGAAAAAACACGUGAACGCUCAGAACAAGGAGUACAACCGCAAUCCUACGGGAACCUUCUGGGAGGCUCACGAUGACGUGAAGAUCGGCCCGAAUGAAACUGUGAGUAUAAAGCACGAGAUCUCCUUCAAGGAGUACAUGCUGAAGGAGGCUGGGGAGGAUUCUCUGGUUAACCUGGCUGUGGUUAUCGAGGACGUGAAGUCUGAGGAGAGAGUGCUGGCUUCUGAAGAGUUCAACAUCCGCAGCCCUUCCCUCGACAUACAGAUUCAGAAUGAGUUAUCAGUCGUCAUCAACAAGCCUCAAGCGGCCGCGGUGACCUUCACGAACCCGUUCAAUGUCGCGGUGAGAGGAGAUCUGACCGCGUCCGGAUCAGGACUCUUGGAAGAGAAGACUCAAAUGAGGCUUACGAUCCAGCCUCGGGAAACCAUAAAGAAGUCUAUCAGUUUCACUCCCAGGAUGGCCGGAGCUAAGAUGCUUUCUGCUAGCUUAGUGUUGGAGAAUCCUCCCACCGUCCUGCACGGAUUCAAAACAAUCAAUGUUCAAGCAUCUUAAGAGUAAAACGUGAGCGUGCAUCCUCGUGAAGUGCUACACUAGGGUCGAAACGCAUUUAGAAAUGAUCGCUUUUUAAUUUUAAUGUCAUUAUAAAAAAUAAUUUCGCUCUUAAUUGUGUAUUCGCUUUUUUUUUUAGCCACGAGCCUGAAAAUAAAGUAUAUUUCUUAACAUUUCCGUGCAUUCUUCUCGCUUGUGAUCAGUUCGCAUGCAUUUUCCAGCAGAGGGCAGGCUAGUUAAGACAGUCACUGCAAAUAUUUCUAAUACUGACAUGCUGAAAGGUACUCAACACAUUGCUAGGAUUUUAGAAAAAGGGAAAGACACAGACUUGGCAACACUGGCAGUAAAUUACUGUCACCAUGAAAAACAUGAAAUGUUUUUGCUGAAACAAAUGAGCAAGAGAAUACAUUUAUUUUCCGUUUUAAUUAAUUUUGUCUCACCCCACUGUGAGUGUAUGUGUAUAUAUAUAUAUAUAUAUAUUUUUAAUCAAAUUAUUUAAAAUAUAGCUUAUAUAUAUUAUCAAUAAUCAAAAUUGCCAUGAGAAUGCAGCUCAACCUUUUAUUUCAUAGUUGACUGAAUGUUUCUGCUGUUUAUUGUGAUUUAUUGCAAAAAUUAUAUUAUGCGAUUAAUUUCAGAAUCAGAUUGGACAACAGAAUUUAUUUGUAAAUAUACACUAAUAAAUAUAUACUCUAUA